UCCUCCUAAUCUGGGUCUCCUGUCAUGGAUGAAGAGACUCGGCACAGCCUUGAGUGCAUCCAGGCCAAUCAGAUCUUUCCCAGGAAGCAGCUGAUCCGGGAGGAUGAGAAUCUUCAGGUUCCUUUUCUUGAACUUCAUGGAGAAAGCACAGAGUAUGUGGGCCGUGCUGAGGAUGCCAUCAUUGCCCUUUCUAAUUAUAGACUUCACAUCAAGUUCAAGGAGUCUCUUGUUAAUGUUCCAUUACAGCUUAUAGAAAGUGUUGAAUGCCGAGAUAUAUUUCAGCUUCAUUUGACUUGCAAAGACUGCAAAGUUAUCAGGUGUCAGUUCUCAACCUUUGAGCAGUGUCAAGAGUGGCUCAAGAGACUGAACAAUGCAAUCCGACCACCUGCGAAAAUAGAAGAUCUCUUCUCAUUUGCAUACCACGCUUGGUGCAUGGAGGUCUAUGCCAGUGAAAAAGAGCAACAUGGAGACCUGUGCAGACCAGGGGAGCACGUAACGUCAAGGUUUAAAAACGAAGUGGAGCGGAUGGGUUUUGAUAUGAACAAUGCUUGGAGGAUUUCCAACAUCAAUGAGAAGUACAAGCUAUGUGGUAGCUAUCCACAGGAGCUUAUAGUGCCUGCCUGGAUCACCGACAAAGAACUAGAGAGUGUGGCAAGCUUCAGGUCCUGGAAGCGCAUCCCUGCUGUCGUCUACAGGCACCAGAGUAAUGGAGCCGUCAUUGCCCGCUGUGGACAGCCGGAGGUUAGCUGGUGGGGCUGGCGAAAUGCUGAUGAUGAGCACCUGGUGCAGUCAGUAGCCAAAGCUUGUGCCUCUGACUCCCGAUCAAGUGGCAGCAAGCUGUCGACUAGGAACAGUUCUCGAGACUUUCCCAAUGCGGGAGACCUUUCUGAUGUGGAGUUUGAUUCUUCUCUGUCAAAUGCUUCAGGAGCAGACAGUUUAGCCAUCCAACCGCAGAAGCUUUUGAUCUUGGAUGCACGUUCCUAUGCAGCAGCUGUGGCAAACCGAGCCAAAGGAGGAGGCUGUGAAUGCCCAGAGUAUUACCCAAACUGUGAAGUCGUGUUUAUGGGGAUGGCAAAUAUUCAUUCAAUUCGGAGGAGUUUUCAGUCUCUGCGGUUGCUGUGCACACAGAUGCCAGAUCCGGGAAAUUGGCUCUCAGCCCUUGAAAGCACAAAAUGGCUCCAUCACCUGUCUGUGCUUCUGAAGUCGGCACUUCUGGUAGUGCACGCUGUGGAUCGUGAUCAGCGGCCGGUACUUGCGCACUGCUCAGAUGGCUGGGAUCGUACUCCCCAGAUUGUGGCAUUGGCUAAGCUCUUGCUGGAUCCGUAUUACCGAACCAUAGAGGGUUUCCAGGUCCUCGUGGAGAUGGAGUGGUUGGAUUUUGGCCACAAGUUUGCUGACCGGUGUGGUCAUGGGGAGAACUCCGAUGAUCUGAACGAGCGCUGCCCAGUGUUUCUGCAGUGGCUUGACUGUGUUCAUCAGCUUCAGAGGCAAUUUCCUUGCUCUUUUGAGUUCAAUGAAGCAUUCCUUGUGAAACUGGUGCAACAUACCUAUUCCUGCCUGUUUGGAACAUUCCUGUGCAACAACGCUAAGGAGAGAGGGGACAAGCACACUCAGGAACGGACGUGUUCUGUGUGGUCGCUGCUUCGGGCAGGCAACAAGGCGUUCAAAAACCUCCUGUACUCAUCUCAGUCAGAAGCCGUGCUGUACCCUGUGUGUCACGUGCGUAACCUGAUGCUGUGGAGUGCAGUGUACCUGCCCUGCCCAUCCCCAUCCACCCCCGUGGACGACAGCUGUGCACCAUAUCCAGCCCCUGGCACCAGCCCUGAUGAUCCGCCCCUGAGCCGGCUACCAAAGACUAGAUCAUUUGACAAUCUGACUACAGCUUGCGACAACACAGUGCCUCUAGCCAGUCGGCGCAGCAGUGACCCAAGUCUGAAUGAGAAGUGGCAGGAGCACAGGCGCUCACUGGAAUUGAGCAGCCUGGCUGGUCCUGGGGAGGAGCAUCUCGAUCCUGACAGCCUGGGGAAGCCAACCAAAGUGCUGGGCGGCGCUGAGCUGUCUGUUGCAGCUGGAGUGGCCGAGGGGCAGAUGGAGAACAUUUUGCAAGAGGCCACCAAAGAGGAGACUGGGAUAGAGGAGCCUGCCCAUAGGGGGAGCAUUGAGAUGCAGGAAGUCAAAGAGGAGGCUCUUUUAGAAAAGGAGAUCAGGGUGAAGACCCCUGAGGGCUCGGCCAUUAUCUUUCCUCAAGAACUAGAACUGGGUGAUGCUGCUCUGGCGAACCAUCCAGGCACUAGCCUUUCCGUGUUCUCACGGGGUAUUCCUGAGCAGCAGGGUGGGCAUAGUGUUCUCCCCCAUUUUCUCCAGGAGUCCCCCAGGGGAGAGGAUGCCCAGGAGGUCCCUGUGGAACAGCCCCGAAUAGGAGCUAUUACAGAAGAUAGGGAGGAAGCGUUUCUUCCAAUCCCAGUAGAUGCAAAAGUUGGCUAUGGUACCUCACAGUCAAGUUCUCUGCUGCCCUCCCAAGUCCCAUUUGAGGCCAGAGGACUAGAGAUGGACAGUUCGAUGGACAUGUUAAUAGAAGAUCAAGUCAAGUCAGAAGGUGGGCCCGAAGGCCAUCAUAGACCUUGCCUGGUGAACAGUGGCUGGUUCAGUGGCAAGGACAUGCUUCCUCAAACCAUGGAGCCCUGGCCUUCAGAGAAGACCCUAGCUGAGAGGCCCCAAGUGGGAUCUGUGGUCCAUAGGACUUCCCCUGGCAGCACCCACAGCCCAGCGCGUUCUCCUUGUGCCUUGCCUUUAGCCGAAUGUAAAGAGGGGCUGGUGUGCAAUGGUGCCCCAGAGACCGAAAAUAAGGCUUUAGAGCAGCCCCCAGGGCUUAGCACCCUCCAGAAGCACCCCACCCCCAAUGGGCACUGCACCAAUGGGGAGGUUGGUAGGAGCAAGGACUCACUGAGCCGCCAGCUGUCUGCUACAAGCUGCAGCUCUGCCCGCUUACACUCGAGGAACUUGCACCACAAGUGGCUGCACAGCCACCCGGGGAGGCCAUCUACAGCGGGCAGCCCCGACCAGCCUUCCCGCAGCCACCUGGACGACGAUGGCAUGCCUGUGUACACGGACACUAUCCAACAGCGCCUGCGUCAGAUCGAGUCAGGCCACCAGCAGGAAGUGGAGACCCUGAAGAAACAAGUACAGGAGCUGAGGAGUCGCCUGGAGAGCCAGUACCUGACCAGCUCCCUCCGUUUCAAUGGGGACUUCGGGGAUGAAGUGACGUCAAUCCCCGACUCGGAAAGCAAUCUGGAUCAGAACUGUUUGUCUCGCUGCAGCACAGAGAUUUUCUCUGAAGCCAGCUGGGAGCAGGUGGAUAAACAGGACACGGAGAUGACUCGCUGGCUCCCGGACCACCUGGCUGCCCACUGCUAUGCGUGCGACAGCGCCUUCUGGCUCGCCAGCAGGAAGCACCACUGCAGGAAUUGUGGCAAUGUGUUCUGCUCCAGUUGUUGUAAUCAGAAGGUUCCAGUUCCCAGCCAGCAGCUCUUUGAACCCAGUCGAGUGUGCAAGUCUUGCUAUAGCAGCCUACAUCCCACAAGCUCCAGCAUUGACCUUGAACUGGAUAAGCCCAUUGCUGCCACUUCAAACUGAAGCUCAGUGACCUGGGGCGGGCAGAGGCCAAGCUGCUGUUCCUCUG